AUGAAGACUGCAAGCUCGUUGAUUCUUCUGGCCUUCGCCAGAGGUAUCUGGGGGGAUUGUACCAAUGACCAAUGUGCCGAAGCUAUUACAUCAAUUGGCGAAAUCAACGUCGGUCUCCAAAUCCGUUCACUAGAUUGUGCUAGAUUUCUAGCGACGACUGUCACGCCUAAUGCUUCGAUUGCUUUGAUCACCACAAGUGCUAAUAUGGAAAAUUAUCCAUAUCCUCCUGCCACAAGGACGAACGGACCCGGCCCAAUCCCCACUUACGCAUCAGCAUGUACCGAUGCCGGCGCCUACUCAUCUGCCUGUACGUGUGCAUCCGUCACAGCAUCUACAGUAGUCGCUCCAACUCCAACUACAUAUCUCUACGAUAAACUACCUCUCUGUGCCAACCCAGCCACAUGUGCACAAGGAUACAGUAAUGCUGCUUGUGGAAAUGGUGCUGGUAUCUGUAUUCCUGGCGGUGGAGAUGAUGGUGCUGGAUUCUGUGUCGCUGCAGGCGUUUGUGGUGACAACUGCGUUAAUAAUUCCGAUUGUGCCAGUGGGAUUUGUUUGAGAGAUGCGUGCUGCGGGAACUCUUGUUAUAAUCCAACUGUCCAACUUGUCACCACAUGGGCUCCUUCUCGUAAGCUCACCAAGAAAGACCUUGGUAAUAUGGCUUCAAUUUUUGAGAAGCUGAACCAAUUGAAAGGGAAGGUGCUGAAUUCUGGGAAGGAGUUGAACUCGGGAAACAUGUUCAACUCGGGAAAUAUGUUCAACUCGGGGAAAAAUUCCGGCUCCUCGAAGAACAAAAUCUUGGGUACUUAUCUUCCCGAAAACCAUCAACCCACAAGCUUCUUCAAAGGAAAACAUUGGUAUUAA